AUGUCGACCCCCGAGCGCAGGUCCGACCGAGCGACGCUCUCGCGUCGCAACCACCAGCAACCACAACAACAAUCGCAUCAACCCUCCCCCCACCACUCUCCCUUCCGUCGAGGUUACUACGAUUCUCGCCCCGCCGAUCGCUUCGACGCGUCCAAGAUCCCCAGCCCAUCACAGAACUAUAGCGCGCGACGACGACGCACCUUUAGCCAGACAGGUACCCUCCGAGGGGCAUUCGAGGCCGUGUCCCGCUAUCCGACCAUGGCGGAGUCCGAUCACCUCGCAUACAGCCUGGGUUCCCCCAGUCGAGGAGGGGGAAGACGACAGCAAUCUUUUAACCCCGCGUCUCCGGAAUCCAACCCGCCAAACGAGCUGAUGGAGGCGUAUCGACAGAUCGACGACGCAGGUAGUCUCGUGGACCAGGAUGAGCUGGAUGACGACCUUCGCGCGACGCUAGGACUUAAUGAGAGCCGUGGUCGGAGCUCAUGGUCAGGGUCAGCGUUCAGGGAUGACGCCGGCCUUUUCUACCCUUCUGAUGCUGAGCUUCUAAACGACGUUACCGACGACUCGCUCCGCCGCAGACCAGUCGAUCGCGUAAGGGAUGAACUGCGCUUAAAGCGUGCCACUUCCAGUCGGUCCCCCGUGCUGAAUAGGACUGGGACCACCCCCGCGUUGACGUCGGAGAAUCUGCAACGUCGUGAGGAAGAGGAGCGAGAGGCAUUGCAGAAUGCGGUCGAGGUCGAGGAAUACGACGACGAUCAGAAACUCUCGUUGAAUCUCCCGCGAAACUGGGGGACCAGAGGAACGCAUCGUCGAGACUGGUUGAAAUCUAUGACGCGGCGCAAUGAACCAGAGCCGGAUACUUUCAUCGAUGGGGCGAAGCCCUCUCCCCCGGAACCCAAGUCCGGCCUUGAAGUACAAAAGAACUCUCCGGAACGUCUUACUUCCCGAACUCCAAACACCCUGGGCGAACGUCUGGCAAGCACCUACAACAGGUUCCCGUUGUCCGAUGCCCGUAACAGAUCGUUGUCGGAAUCGAAGGAGAAGACAGGAGACGUCGGGCUUAAUACCCCACCAGUCAUGGUCUACAAGAGUUCUACAUUUAACAAACGGAGCCCAACGAAAAGAGACUCCCAUGACCUUCUCCGGAAGCUCUCCCGAACCGAGAGUCCCAGUCAAAAUCCCAGUGAGCUGAGGACUCCCGAGCCACAGAAGAUCCCGGGAACCCGAAUCUAUGAUAAAACCCCUGUGGUGACGGGUGCCUGGAUUGACACUCCCAUGACCGAACGACCUACCGCUCGGCCCAGUUAUUCUUCAAAUCCGAUUGCGGCGUCGCCAGCUAAAAGGAGCGUACAAGAUACCUCUCGAGCGCGGAGCGAGGAACGUGUCGCAGAACCCCAACCGUCUGAGACCGAGACCCAAAGGGCCAAUGAGAUGGAGAAGAAACAACCCCAACAGGAAGAGGUGAGAGAAGCAGAGAAGGCGCUUCCGCCGUCUGCAGAAGGCCAAGCGCAAGGAAGCAGGACAAAGAUCGAACAACAACCCGAACCAAAAAAGACAGAAACUCAAUCUGAGAAGACCCGAAAGCCGCGAGAAAGGCCACCGUUGGCCAAACCGGAUCAUCCCAAAAGCGCUCUGGAGACCGUCAUGGAAGACUUCAAAGCGGACAAGAACUCUUUGGACGUUGGCGAUGACACGCUUGAAUCACUCCAGGAGAUCUUGAAUGAACAGGUCACGGAGGUGAAGACCGAGGAAGAGGAUAACGCCGCAUAUGAGAAGCGGAUCUUGGAAAAGCUGGAGCGUGGAAAAUCAUCAAAGAAGGAAAAGCUGGAAGGUGGAAACUCACCACAUCAGGACAGUGACGACUUCGACUCUAUGAACCAGACUCUCAAGUCAUUUGCCAAGAGCAUGAAGGAGGUGAAGGCAGGGAUUGAAGACCUGGGUGAUCAAGUAAAGUCCAUGCCCUCGCCGGACGCCAAAAGUUCGAAAUUCGACAAGACGUGUGACAAUUGCGAGACGUGUCGAGCUCACAAUGGCGGUGGCAUCUAUACGAUUGUCCCCAUCCCAAAGCUAUGGACGCGAAACAGGGUCUCCGGUAGGAUUCGUCCCACUCGUCUAGGCUGGUGCGCCAUUGUUCUAUUUAUCUGGUUCUGGUCCGAAUCGACAAUGUGUGACUUCUAUUGUCACCCGUUGAUCGCCGAUGUCUGCGAAGGCAAUUGCCUCCUUCCAGAUGCUCCUCGAUUUCCCUUUGUCAUCCCAACGAUGCUGUGGCGCUGGUCGCAUCUCCAAGGGGUCUUGACGCCCGUCUGGGCUAUUUCCAUGGCAUUCUUCCGACUCAUCGCACAGCUUCUUGGUUUUUGGGACGGUUACGUCGAUGAAUCCCCCCGAGCUCUGAACCUUUCGGGCGAGAUAUGGGUCCACGGCAAUCGACUGAGCGGCGUUCCUGGGGUUGCGCCUACGCCCCAAGGGUCAUCCUACCGUGCGGCCAGCACUUGGCCGGAACAGGAAGUGAAAUAUCGCGAAGCUGUUCCAGCGCUGGACCUGGAGAAGCAGGAUGAGGACUCCAUGGACGAUGAUGAGUUUAUCUAG